CUCAACUUCUCAGAAAUGCAUAUCAACAAAACAGAUAGCGCAACUUGUAAUUCAGCAUCUUAAAUACAUGAGGUGAAUCUAAGAAUAAGAUGGCAUCUGCAAGAGAGUUGAGGUAUAUGGAGAGAUGUAAGAAGCGUAAAGAAAGGAAUACAACUCCAGCAAGACAAUUGAAAAGACUUAGAAGUACUCAGGACACUUCAUACAACAAAGAGAUUUAUCAAUAUGAUACAUCACAACCAUGUCAAAAUGACACAUCGCAGCCUUGUCAAAAUGAUACAUCACAACCAUCUGAAACGACUUCGAUAAUGUAUGAGAUAGGCAGGAAACUGUGUAGGAAACCCUGGGCCACUACCACAAUGAACAGUACAGAGCUAACAACACAGAUUGACUUGUUGCGCCAGCUUGGAGGUGAGUAUAUGAAACUCGCUGACGCCAUAUCAGAGGGUUGGUACUUUGUAAGAGCUUCAGGUUGCUAUAAUGCAGCAUUAAGAUGUAUUGAAAAACUGAAGAACCUUCCAGAAGGUGCAACUGAGAUAGACAGCUCUAUGUUAGUCUCUAAGAAAUCAGAUUGUCUGAAACAACUACAACAUAUCGAAGCAACAUUCCUGACUAUAGCAGCGCACCAAAAUUACAAAACAGCAAAACAACACAAAGAACUGUAUGAGACAGAACUGAAUUCAUUGAGAGAAUUCUCAUCAAAGACGAUCAAUGACAUUGUGAAGAAUGACAUGAAAGUUGAUUCGAUAACCACUGAAAUGUCUGUUGAAGAUGAGGACAGCACAAUUAAGAACAGUAAAGUUUUCUAUAAUGAACUUUCAGAUAGACUGAAAAAGUUUUAUAGACUUUUAAUCGAUGAUUGUAUUUCAGUUCUUGAGGUACCCGAUUGUAAAUUCAGUGUGUUAGGCCUUGGGUCUUUAGCCAGAAUGGAAGCCACUGCUUACUCAGAUUUAGAAUCUGCAAUAUUGUUUGACUCCAGUGGUAUGACCUCAGGUGAAGUUGAAAAGGUGAAGCAUAAAUUUAGACUCAUGGUCCAUUACCUCCAUCUUAAGGUGCUUAACCUUGGUGAAACAAUCCUACCAAGUCUUUGUAUCCCUGUCUUAAAUGAUUUCAACACAGAGUUACCUGAACAUAUGACAGACAACAAAUACUUUGACAUAACCACACCUCAGGGCAUGUGCUUUGAUGGUGCAAUGCCCUGGGCAAGUAAGACUCCAAUUGGACGUAACAAAACUAAGCUCAAACCAGCAAGAGAGUUGAUCAUGACACCUGAAGAGAUGGCUGAAUACCAGACAGAAAGCAUUUGUAUCAAAGAAGGCUACCAUCUCAGUGAUGUUCUUAUGACGACCACUCUUAUAUAUGGAGAUGAAGGCCUGCUAGAAAGGUAUAACACAAACAUACAAAAGUUCCUAAAUUCACCAUCAGAAAAGGAUUCAAGUUUAUCUGUGGGUGCCCUUCGGGCAGAUGAAACCUUGAAGGAUGACCUCAACAAAUAUUUACAAAAUCCUCUCACACCUGAAACUUUGGGCAAGCAAGUUCAUGUGAAAAAGGAUAUAUACAGAUUUGCAACAAUAUCUGUGAACACCCUGAAACUGAAGUACACCUGUGUCUCUCAGGCUCCUCUCGA